AUGAUCUUCAUCGGAAGCAUCAGCGGCAGCAUCGUCAAUGUGCCGCAACCGCAGGCCAUGUAUAACUCGAGUAAAGCAGCAGUUCGGCAUCUCGCGGCUAGUCUAGCCGUUGAAUGGGCGAGCAAGAGCAUUCGAGUGAACUGCUUGAGCCCCGGCUACAUGAUCACUGAGCAGGCCAUGAAGGCGCAGAUUCUUGUAGAUAACCCAAGCCUAAAGGCCGAAUGGGAGUCCAAGAUCCCACAGGGCCGCAUGGGCCCACCUGAAGAAUUGAUGGGUACGGUAGCAUUUUUGGCAUCGGAUGCCUCUAGCUACAUUACUGGACAAGAGAUAAAGGUGGAUGGAGGUUACACUGUGUGUUAA